UGACCCCCACUUUCUGCUAGGUGAAACUCCUAGUAGAAUUUUAUUUAUAUAUAUGGUGUAAGUUAGGUGUAAACUCUAACCUAAUCACUAUUGCUCGUUAGACUUUCAAACAGAACCGUUGGACCACCAUCAGAGUUUCUUUAACUGGAUCAGUGAGGGACUACAUGAUUAUGGGACCCCUGCCAUGAGAAAUGCCCCAAGCGCACCCGCAAAGCUCAUGGUACGGUUGGCCCCUAACACUCUCCUUCGUAUUCGCCUGGUGCAAGAUGGACAUCAAGUCACAGGCCAAGGAAUUGUAUUCGGAACUCCGGUGUUCUGAUAACGAUGCGGAGAGUAACGAUGAAAAACUGUGUCAGGCUAAGCAGUAUAUACAGCAGCAUCUGUACCAGGCUAAACCUGGUGAGAGAUUCCAGUUUGCAGAGUUUGCCUCCAUCAUCAGUGACAGUGCUGCCAUGCCUUACUUCAGCCCAAAUAAGGCGUCAACGGCAUUCCAGAACCUGGAGAUAUACCUUAUACUAAUCCUUAACAGUCCGUGGAAGUCCGAGUACAAAACUCUCAGGAAAUACUCCGGGUUUUUUCAAAGCAAAAUAGAAGCUCAUCUGCAGAAUGCAACAUCUAUUUUCAAACUUGUUGGAUAUUCGGAAACAAAAGAUGGAAUAUUAACUUUAGUUAGACGUAUAAACAAAGACAUAGUUCUGGCAGUAGCAUUCGAGUGCUUAGUGGCGGCAGAGGAAUGCGUUAUAAUCAAUGCCGCUCAUCAGUCAGGCGAUCCAGGAAUCAGUUACGCUCAUAUUGUUCGAGUCAGAUCCAGCCAUUCGGGUAACGUUGAACAAUUAGCCAAUCUCGUGCGAAAAGAUUUACCGUACAACUCCGAUCAUAUGGUGAAGGACCGUCGAGGAGAACCCGACAUGCAUACUGAUACACCGACACCGGGUAACGUGAAACUGCACAUACCAGAUAAAACUGUACAUAGCAGUGGUAACAUACCCUACGCCGACGAAGACACGGCAGAACGUCCCGACUUGCGGGAGGCAACAUUUGAGGAACACUGUAUGGCCAGCCUUCGUCUUCUCCAGGAAGAUGUUGCUAUCCCCAAGCUUAAACCUCACCAUGUAACAAAAGGUGGAUCGGAUGAAUGGUCGUUUGUCCGGGAUGGUCUUCAGAACAAAUUCGGAGAGGACUAUUUUAAAGGCCCUAGAGGAGAUGUACUUAAAGGUGAUGAACUAAUUGACCCAGAGGUGGCUGAAAAAGACUUGCGACCAGUUAUGCAGCCGCCCCGGCCCCAUGGGCCAAGUAACCGAGACUCUGGAUACCCGGAUAGCUACGCGCCUCCUAUAUACUAUCCACCAACUGCAGAUACCGGAUACGAGUCUCAGUUGGCGUCCAAAGUAGCUGCCUCAUCUACGUUAUACGCUAAGGUGGUGCCCCCCAGUGACCUUACACAUGGGCCGCCAGGACAUUAUACACGGUCACGUGACAUGUCAAGGGGGAAUGAAGCAACUUACUUGCACCCUGUGUCCGGCGAGGAUGUACACAAUAUUGGAGUCCGAAAUAUGACGCCACUUCCGCACACACAAGGAUCGAUAUAUCCAGAACUACCAAGUGAAAUAAUACAGGGAAACCGGACACAUCCACAGCUUUUGACCAGAGAGCCUAGCCACAUUCCAUCCAGUGGCAGGAAAACUUUCCCGACAUCUCCUCCCCGAACCCCGGAUAAUGCAACGAAUAAGAGACAUUUAUCUAAAAGUCUUUCUUUGAAAUCUCCGACGGAAGCAACAUCAAGGCAAUCAAAUUUUAAUGCAAGACCUCUUCCAAACCACCCUUCUGUUGUAAUGAAGGACUUUGUGACAGAGCAAAACUAUAACACCGCACCCCCAUACGGAACCAGUCGUUCAGCUCCAAUUGCACGUCGAGACGCAGCGGCCGUGCUUCAGCCUCGCUUUCAAAGGCAGUUAAGUUCAGAGCGGACGAUCGGCUGGGGAUGUCAAUUCUGCACGUUGAUGAAUUCAAGCGAAGUUCAGGUGUGCUCCAGUUGUGGCAAGUCCAGGUCUUCAAAUACGAGUAGCGAUAUCGGUAUCACAACAAAGAAAUGUUCAGUAUGUACUUACAAUAAUUCUCCUGGUGCAUCUCGUUGCAGUAUUUGUGAUUCUGAUCAACUAUAUGGCGUGCAGUCUGCAGUUUAGGUUUUCCCAUUCUCAGAAUUAACUCUUUAUUAUUUCAUGCAGAUAUCAUCGUCCCGUCCGUCUGUGACAUAUGUAACCGUAACCGUGUUGUGUGAUUAGUACCUUAUUUACUUCUUAAUGUAAAUCUCAAAGCGGUUUGCUUUUUCAAAACGAUUGCAUCUACAUCACAAAGCUCACAACUGGAGUAUUAAAUAUACAGUUUCGACGGAACAAGUUCAAAAUGCUUUCAAAUCCAUUUACUUACUAGGUGCUUAUGUUAUAAGGCGACAUCAGAGAUGGUACAGAUAUAAUUAUUUUGCUUCUUAAACAGGAAAUUAUGCUGAAGAUUAUUUAGGGAAUAUGUAGGAUGUAUAGUGUACACAGUGAUUAGUGAUGUUUAAGACGUGUAUUCACUAUAUACCUUGUACUAGAGAUUGUCCAGCGUGUUUGUCUUGCUCAUGUCUUUAUUAUGAAUUCGCCAGAAACAACUUAACGCACUGACGUUUAAUGUGCUUGUGAUGCGAUAAUGGGCUGUUUGCGAUGUCUUAAACAAGCUGAACGUAAACACGCGCGUACGAAGUUGGAUUCAUAAUUGCUUAAUGAAGCAUUUACAAUGUAGCGUGGUACAUUAUUAAAACUCAGCUGCAAAUAAAUUGUAAUGUAUGGAAUAAAAAUCAAGUCAUUUACGAUAACGUAAGAUAUGAAACAAAAUUGCCAGUCCUGUGUUGAUUAAUCAAAUAACCUCGAUCUUCGAUCCUUAAAAUCUUAACAUCCUUAUGCAUUCUAUGUCUAAAUUACUGAGAAUUUGAAAAAAAAAAAAUCCAAAAAGUAAUACGUUUGUAAUCAGACCUCCGUUCAGAUUUGUGACUUAUGGUUAUCUAUUAGUUGGUACGAUAAAUGAUAGAUUAAUCGUAAGGGAAUGGUAAUUCCUCAUUAUCACAUACCACAACUACAUUUUAUUAUAAGAUCGAGCAUAACUUGAAGUUAAUAUGUCGGUAUUAAACGAAAUAAAAAUAUCGGUAAGUCGGUCUAUCAGAAAGUGAGUUCCCAUUCAAAUAUAACCAAAAUCUAUCAGACAGUGGGUUCCUAUUGAAAUAUAACCAAAAUCUAUUGGACAGUGAGUUCCCAUUCAAAUAUAACCAAAAUCUAUCAGACAGCGAGUUCCCAUUGAAAUAUAACCAAAAUCUAUCGGACAGUGAGUUCCCAUUCAAAUAUAACCAAAAUCUAUCGGACAGUGAGUUCCUAUUCAAAUAUAACCAAAAUCUAUUAGACAGUGAGUUCCCAUUCAAAUAUAACCAAAAUAUAUCAGACAGCGAGUUCUCAUUCAAAUAUAACCAAAAUCUAUCAGACAGCGAGUUGCCAUUCAAAUACCAGGUAUAACCAAAAUCUAUUCAGUGUCUCUGUAAACUUUCUGUUCAGUCUCUUGAUAAAUUCAGCCACUUUGUGAGAACGAGAAAAAAAGAUCAAAUCUGAUUUUAGCAACCUGUUAUGAAGUGAAGUUAUAUUGUAACAUUGCUAUUCCUUCUCUCUCGGUGACAAGCUCAUAUCUGUGCAGUUUGUGAUAAUGGUACAUAAAAUGAUGAUAUCUGUUAAGCCGCAUUACACUUUAGUUAAUUACGGAAGCGAAGCGUCUUGAUCGGAACCCUGAAAUGUGAAGCCUUAGAGACCUGAUAUGGAAAAAUUACCGCAGACCUGCUCAUAUCUCUCCUAUGGUUGAACAGAAAAACGUUGACAUUUUCAUCCUUCAAACCUGCAAGGUUUUCUAACACUCAUUGCAAUUUUGCCUCUAAGUCGAUAUGUAAAGCUUUCUUUGUCCAUCCCCCACUUUUCAAAACUAUUGUUUUUUUUCUUUUUCGUUUUAGAUAGACAUUCACAUGUAGAAUUAUAAUUACUUUCGAUUUAUAAUCGUUAUUCAUGCAUAUAUAUUUUACUUAAUAAAAAUAAAUUAUUGAAAGCUAGGCUUAUGCUAUUUCGUCGUUAUGUUGUUUAAACUAGACUACAUUUGAUCGGUAUCUGAAAAAAGCCUUAGAUCGUUAAGAUCAUAGACAUGGAUAAUUAAAUUGUACCUUGGGUAGUGACAAUUAAAACAUUCGGACAAACUAGCAGUUAUGAACAGCUAGAAUGGUUUAGCUGAAAUGAGUAUCGUAUCAUGAGCCGUUGUGAAAAAUAAGUUAUUAGAGACUCGCUCGAUUUGUCUAAAAAUAAUGAAAUACUUAAAUAGCAUCAACCUAAUAAAAAAAUAAUUAGAAAAUUAGAACUUUACACAAAUAAUUAUUGAAUAUUAUUCAUGCAAAAUAAAGCCGACGAUAUUUAAUGAUAGCUGAUGGCAUACUUUAACGAAAACGGGAUAAAACACGUCUCGCUACAAAUUCGUUUAUUCAUGAUAAUAUAUGCUGUUGUUAAUGCUGAUACGUCAAAUCAAAAUACAAGUAAUGUCGCACUAUCUUAAUGAUGAAAGGGCUAUGAUAAGGAAAACGCAGGAAAAGUAACAAGCAUCGAGCAUGAUGAAAUCGUAUAGUACCCUGAAUAUUUCCAAAUUAUGUCAUGAAGACCGUCUACAUAGUUUCAAACAACCUAAACCUGAAAUACUAAGUUUUGUCCAUCAGGAAUAGGCAUCUAUCUUGAAUGUCUGGAUAUGGGGAACAAGUCAUUGAACAAUAGUUUGGGGAAGCUGAGAUAUUACUAUCGAGAAAUGGAAAGAUUUGAAGAAAUCGAAAUCGUCCUUUAUUCAUGUCAGCGAAACUUUGGUUCCGCUAGCUUUUUAUGGGUUGUUUGGUAUUUUGGGGAUGGGGUGAUUGUCUAUACCAACUAACAGGAAGUGAAAAUAUAUAGUUUCCGGCCUCUCACUACAUGCAGAUCUGUUUCAACCGCAGUUACUGACCCCAAUCAAUGUAUUUAUACUGUUCUUUAGUAUCUCUCUCCUUUAUCUUGUAAUAAUAUAUGUAUUUACCUAAUUAAGCCAAAGGUUGAUCUCCCCCAGGGUCCCCUGAGUUAUUAAAAUCAGUACGUACAAAAAUAUAAACAUAUUAAGAUUGAUGAUACUUAUAUAGAUAGAAAAAAAAACUUUAAGCACUUGAAAAUGCAAAAGCAUGACUUUAAGAACAACAUAAUGUAUAUUUAUAUAUAUUCAAAUAAACCAAAUUAUCGCAGAAAGCACAAGAUAUCCUGCUUACAGAUGUUAAGUUAAAUGGCCAGAGCCUCAUACAUACAUGCUAAUAUAGCAAAAAUAUAAAAAUAUACAGAAUACAUUCUGAUGUGGCAUACUUAAAUUGGCUAUGUUAUAUAAAAAUAUGAAUCAGAUAAGUGGGUAAUAGCUUUCUUUCUAAAUAUAGUAAAAGACGAUGACGUUCUCAGUUCAUUAAGUAUUUGAUUCCAAAUCUAACAACUAGAUAUAAUGAAAUGAUUUGAAUAAAACUUCGGUAUAUAUAUAAAGAUUCUGAUCUGACUCGCGGGUAGUUCUGGUAUUGACACUUAACAAGAUUUAGUCUAGAGAACAAGUAAUUUGGAACCAGUCCAUUCACACAUUUAAAAGCAUGUAAUUAUUUUCUGUACUUGAUCUAUAAAUCUGCAGCCAUCCAUGUUAGCUGUCGAAACAUGUCUUGUAUGUAUGUAAUAAUAUAUGCAAUAGCAAUAUAUAUUCACAGUCUGCAUUUUGCAAUUAACUCUAACAUUGCUCGAGUCUACAUACAUGCCAUACCUCCGGAAGGGAUACAAAUUCUCCCUUCAACUCGAAUAUUUUAUCCUGGCUAUUCAUAAUAGCCCAUUUUCCUUAUUUCAUAAUUUCCUCUCUUGGAUUUUCGUUUACAAAUCCAAGACGAUUUUUUUGCGAAAUUUAGCAGAUAUGAUAUGGAACAAUCAUGUGAUCAGACAGUCAAAAUUGAGAACAUUUCCCUUGAAGCCCUUGCUAGUAUAGUAGUCUAUGUCGCUAGAAUAUCAAGAAAUAGCAUGGUUAAAUAUUGUUUGUUAUCGAGAGUUAAUCAAAUUACUCUUGGCUUGAUAUUUAGAAAGAAGCUUUGUUUACAAUCUGUGACAGAUCCACCAAAACUUCCUUAUUAUGAAACUUACAGAGACGACAGUAUAUUAGUUUAGGUUUAUACGUAAGAUUUUCUAAAGUAGUAUGUCACAGAAACUAUGGAAGCGUGU